UUUCAAACGAACAGAACACAUUUGUUAUUCAAAAGCUAGUCUUUGAACAAAACAAGUCGUGUGCAAACAGCUCCCAUUAUUUAUAGGAAUAUUUUUCCAAAAUAUCAGUACUUUUAUUAUAAAGAAAAAGUUGUAUUUUUUCAAAAAUAAUUUUAAAUGAACUCAAAUCAAGUUCAAUUCAGUCGGCAUUCUUCAUAAACACAAACUACAAAAUUUUGAAUUUUCCUACCAAAGAAAAUUCAUGUAAGCCACUAAAUCGAAGCAAAUUGAUUAUCCUUUGCCAUGUCUUCAAUCAGUACUGAAGGAGAAGACUACUUUCCCAGUGAAGAGUCGUCAGACACAGGUCAAGACUAUGGGGCUGUGUCACUGGUUCCAGAUCUGGGAUUGGAGGAAAUUUAUAUGAGAGAUUCCUAUUCUAUUCGCUCAGACACAUCGAUAGUACAAAGCGAGGUCAGCAUAGACGAGGGUUACUAUGCCAGACAAGCCUUGAACAGCUUAUUCGCAGACUUUGUGGAAGAUGCCAAACAGAUAACGCGGUCGGCCUUUGAGGAUUCCAUUCGGGAACGGAGCGGCUGUCAGGAUCUGCGGAAUAUCCUGCUGCUGAUCACGCCCCUUGAGCUGCCCAACCUGAAGCCAGAGGAACGCAAGGUGCACUGCUAUUGCCUGGACACUCGCAGGCACCAGGGGGUUAUCACGGUGACCCUGGAGGAAGUCCACCUGAUCAAACGCUAUCACGGACCUGCGAAAACCUACACGGUUGUGCACUGCUCCAAGCACAUCCAGCUCGCUGAUGCAGCCGGGAACACGCCCAUCCGGUGCCUGAUAUUCGAUGUAGUCCGAGAAGCCUCCAAGGUGGCGCGCAUGGCCUGGUACAAGGGUAACGAGGUGAGGGUUUCAUAUUGUGGCAAUGGAUCAAAGCGCCCGGUCCCUUCAAAACGUGAGUCCUCGGGCAUCCCAUCCCUGCGGCAGCCCAAAAUCCCGGUGCGGAUGCAGAGUCCCAUAUCCAGUAAGGCGAAGAAUGCCCAAAAUAAUCCUCCCAACCAGAAGGCUAACCCCAAGACUGAAGCCAAAGUUGGACAGAGAAAUAUGGAUGGAAAAAACAACCGGAGCAAGCAACAGCGAUCUAACCAACCGAAAAUUAACACACAGAAACCGACCCAAGUCCCCAAAAAGACUGUCAAGACAGACAGACGGACCCCAGUGGUGGAGUCAAGUCGUCCGAAGAAGCCUAAUCCCACCAAAGCCAAGUUAUCCGAUUCAGCUCCUAUAAGUUCUACUGUAGAGGCAAGUCUGGAGGAACAGUUGCCAGAACUUGACCUUGGGCAGUCCCCCCAAAUGAUUGAUCAACUGGAUGAUUGCAUAACCACGGUCGAAGAAGCUAUAAAAGGGCUACAGCAGGGUAGACCCGAUGUCGAGGAGGUGCCUCUUCCUGACCGCCUUGACUCAUCGACCCUCUUUGGCCGCCGGAUGGAACCUCCCGUGCUUCCUCUUAGCUUUUCAAGCGCCGCCUUUUCUUUCCUCGAAGGCAAGCUGCGUUGGCCCAGUGCCAGGAAGGCCUUCUUGAAGCUAAAACGCCUUGUUAACAAGAUUAACAAACAGCCCUGUCCACGAGGGGAUCACUUACUUCGCUUUUUCCAUAUGGCACAGGAUCUGGACUUCAAGAUGUAUAUUCGUAGGGAAAUUGACUUUCCGGGCUGGUCCUCAAAACAAGGUCGGCGGUACGUGGUCGACUGCUAUGUGUUUGAUGAUCGUCGGGAAUACAUAGCUUCCAUUUCCCUGCUGGACACCCAGCUCCAUGCACUCGCCAGACUCUUUCCCAGGGCGCAGAGGAACUUUCGACUUAUAGAUAACGCCUUUGAGCUAACCCCCAUGCCAAAGAGUUUGACCAAAAUGCUGAAAGCCACUCUGAAUGUUUUCCAUGCCCAGCGUUUGUUCAAGUAUUUGGGACAGUUAACCCUGGGCUUUGCUCGCUCACCGGGUGCAGUAUUCGAACUUCCCGAUGAUCAGGAAACCUAGGAAUCUGAAGCUACGUUUUAAUAAUACUUGAAUACCGCAUUUCGUAAUUAUGUUAGAUUUUCAUAAUUACAUAGAGUAAUAUAUAAAAUACAACGAAACAGUUGCUAAGGGAAUGUAA